UACAAAGUACAGAGUUGUAUGGGGUUGAAACUUUUAUUAUGAAAGCCAUACAGAGUAACCAGGAAGACAAAAUGGCUGCACCUCAUGGCAAGUGAUGUUGAAUUUGUUUCCCUGCUUCAGUUAUAUUCAUCUGGUUUCAAGAAGCAUAACAAGAUGCUAUAAGAAGUUCCUCUUUUUGUAAUAAGCACCCAAUGAACAUCCACUUCACUGUUACAGAAGACUAAGCAACACAAUGGAUCCCUCCGGCAAUGGGGCUUGCUGCUUAUCCCACCACCACACAGCCAAUGGUACAUCUCCUGGACCCAAGCUUCCUGACCCACUGGGGUUAAAUGAACUACCAGUGCCUCCCGAACCAAAGCCUCCUGACCCAUUGGGGUUAAAUGAAGUGCCAGUGUCUCCUGAACUGAAGCUUACUGACCCACUGGGGUUGAAUGAACUGCCAGUGCCUCCUGAACCUAAGCCUCCUGACCCACUGGGGUUGAAUGAACUGCCAGUGCCUCCCGAACCAAGGCCUCCUGAUCCACUGGGGUUAAAUGAACUGCCAGUGUCUCCUGAACUCAAGCGUACUGGCCCACUGGGGUUGAAUGAACUGCCAGUGCCUCCUGAACCCAGACCUCCUGACUCACUGGGGUUGAAUGAACUGCCAGUGCCUCCUAAACCCAAGCCUCCUCACCCACUGGGGUUGAAUGAACUGCCAGUGCCUCCUGAACCCAAGCCUCCUGACCCACUGGAGUUGAAUGAAUUGCCAGUGCCUCCUGAACCUAAGCCUCCUGACCCACUGGGAUCGCUCCAGGCCCUCCACAGCUCCACGCUCCAGGAACUCCACAGCUCCACGCUUCAGGCCCUCUAAAGCUCCAUGCUCCAGGUACACCUCCGCUGCAUGGUCCUGGCCCUCCAUCCCUCCCCGUUCCACCUCCCUCCUGGUCUGUUUUUGGAGCGUCUGGAAGCCGCUCUUAGAGGGGGGGGCUCUGUCACGAUCACCAGCGAUCUAACCAUCAUAGAUCACGGGAGAACAUUCACAUUGCAUAGAACUACAAAUCCGCCAUUAAAUGGACUACAUGAACCAGUCAUGCACCACUCACACACCUGGCCUAGAUCCCCAUGAUUAAAGACAGACACUGCUGAAGCUACUCAUAUACUGAUUACAUGGACUAUAAAGUCAGCACACAAACACAGAUAAGUGGCUGAGUCUUGUUUAACUGUAUAGUGAACAUUACAACGUGUUUUCCUUGUUUUGCCUUGCCGUGUUUGACCCUAUCUUUGUUUUAUCUGUUUAUUUCUGUCUGCUGCCUGCCUUCUGACAAUCUGUUGACCAUUGUUUACCAGACCUCGUUAGUAAACCUGCAUUUGGAUCCACACCCCUGUUGUCAGCGUCACAUCACGUUACAGCUAUAAUAACCUUAGUAGUAAAAAGGUUGACAGUUUGACAAGGAAAUAAAACUUUUGUAUUUUUGAGUGCACUACAGUGACAGAAAAAAUAAGCUGUACAUUCCUGCUUAAGUAUGUACAGUUAAACACAUUCUAUUUUUAAAUAAUGCAAGCCUUAUGUAUAAAAUGUAUUAACUUGUUGCAGAAAUUAUUCCUUUUAUCCCAUCUUGAUAUUAGACCACGUCUUUAUAUUCAUCCUCCCCAUGCUACAACAUGAAAUGUUACAACUCCAAUUGUACCGUCCUUGCUCUGUUCCCAUGGCUCUUGACCACUGUAAAGCUUUAUGUGGACUGCAUCUUAAUCAACACUCAAAUUAUGAUUUAAUGAAUCAUUAACUUCAGCACUGCUUCAGUGAUACUAGAACAAUGAAUGUAGACACAUAUAGACACUCAUGUAAUCACAUUUAAUCAAGUUUGGUAAACUGAGUUAUAUCUUAUAACAACAGUACAAUGGGGGUUUAAAAACACUUACCGUGUAUAUUUUGACCUGUGUUGAGAGGCUUUGGGCUUUUUCAUUCUGUAGAUACAAAGAGUUAA